UUGCAUAUGUUUGUAUCCUAAGCUGUCAUGCUGAUCGUAAGUGACAUACAGUUGGCUCAAGCGCCAUCCUCCCCGCGCGCCUUGCGAGGAGCCUUCGCCAGCGCAAUGCCUUUGGAAGGCAAUGCGGAGAUGAUUGUCUGGCGCCAGGCAGUGGACACAGAGCUGCGCCUGGCCAACCAGUGGGAGGACAGCUGGGGCUUUCUGAAAGCCGCGAAGCCACGAUCCAAGGUAGCUCUCCCGAAGCUGGAUGGGAAGGGAGCUGUUGGACCAGACCUGGAGAAGAAGGAGCAUGCUGCGGACAUCCCACAGAUGACGCCGCGAUUUUUGGCGACCUCACAGCAGUCGUAUAAAGCGCGGGCACCCAUUGAAAAGUUGGCAAUGAAGAGAUGGGCUGUAAGGCACGACCCUGAGCUGUGGCCGACCAUUUGCCCCAAAUGAGGCGCGUUAUGGAGCGCCGCCCCUGCGAAGCAGGAACGCGCUAGGGGUUGAACGAACAUCGCUUCAAAAAGGCCGGAAAAGGCUG